CAUUUCAGUCUACACUAAAAAACAAAAAUCUCCAGUCCAGUAUCCUGGCAUAAAAAAGACUGGCGAUUUUGACUCUUUGUUUCCGUCGGGUUUUACCUCUCUGGUCUCAUCACUUUUACCUUUCUCCCUCUUGUUGCCGUGGGGAUUCUAAGGCUUUGAAGUCUGAAUUGAGAUUGAUUUGUCAGUGAUAGGCAAGUUGGUUUUGAGGUACUGAAUUUCUUGCAGUAGAAGGCUCACAAUGAAAAAGGCGUAAUUGUGUAGAGAUUAUUGCAACCUUAGAGCAUAUUGAGACAGCCAAAAGGGUCAGCUAACAGCAGUAAACAGGGUUGAAAGGCAGCAGCACUGGCAUCAGAUACAUCUUGUAUGAAUUGCAAAGAAUGAAUCUAAUUUUAGGGUUCAAAGUAACAAUGACUUUAAGUUUUGGCGAUUAAUCGAUACAGUUUGGGAGAAGUAUGUAUUAUCAGUUAUGCUGUGAUUGAAACAUUGACUGCUUGUCCAAUCAAGGAAUUGAGCCUCAUUGUGAAUACCUGUUUAAUUGGGAUAGUUUGCUGGAUGAUCAGGUAAUAACUACUUUUAUUGUAAGAUUAAGAACUUCCAGUUCUGAUUUGCACAAAAUUAAGGUUUCUCAAGUGAGUGCCUUAUCCUGAACCAAUCAAGAGUUCAUGUAAUGAUGUUUUCAAGAGCUGUUCCCCUACCAUGUUAUUAUCUUUUAAGUGGAAUAAUGGACUUGAUGAACAAGUAGUAAAGUAAUUGAUGAUCUUUCAUUCUGUGUCGUGUGUUCUAUUAGAGAGGUAGUUUAGGUUCUAUUAUUAAGUGACUAUGGAAUAUCUUUAUUGGAGAUAUCUGGUUUGAGGACAAACUGUACAAUGGGUGGAAGGACUAAAGAGGCCUAUGAUAGAUGCUUAGUAGCAUCACGGCAUGAUAAUUUUUGGCAGAAAACCUUGAAGAAUGUGGCCUCACUAAAGAAUGCUAAAAUAGGAAGUGAUACUAGUGUCCAGUUAAUAUCAUUUUUGUUGAAAGUUGCAGCUUUGGAUGUAGUGAGAAGGUUCUCAAAAGCAAGGGUCCCGUUCUUAUGGAGGGGGAUUCAAGGACUUCACGUUCUUAGUUGCUUACCGUUCAAAUGGAUGGAGAAAUGGAGGCCCCUUAGGAAUUUGGUCAGAGGAACUCAGAAACUGUCUGCACCAUUAUUUUUCCUUUCAAUUGCGACAAUUUUCUCCGAUCAGUCUGAUGAUCAAAAUGAUUCUCCAAACAGUCUGGCUGCUACUACAGAACUUCCUGAGUCGUCUUCUGAGAAAUCAACUUCCAGUACAAGGAGUUCUGAUGUAUCCCAGAGUUGUCGUGCGAUUUGGCUUCGAAAGGAGCUGGACAAACAUGAAAUUACUUUACCUGAAAGGAUUGAUGAAGAUGAGCUCCUCCGGUUUUAUGCUGCAUCAAAUGGUGAUUUUUCAUGCUUUCUUUCGUCAAUCAAGAAAACGAUUAGAUGGAGGGAGACAUUAUGCAUUCUUUCAACUGAGCAGUUAGAGACGUGGUGCCAUUUGGUGUUUUGGCAUGGAUAUGACAUAAAGUUUCACCCAUGCCUUGUUAUUCGACUUGGGCUUGCCUGCUCUAUGUUAGAAUCUCAUGACAGACCUCGACUUGCUCAAGCUAUGGUUUCCCAGAUAGAGCAUGGUGUACUGCAUCAUGUUAUGGAGAAAGAUCCUCGAAUUACAGUUUUGAUGGACUGUGAAGGCCUAUCAACACUCAAAUUUCCAAUGCAUAUGAUGAAAUCUUUGUCUACCCUUGUGCAAGAUCAUUUCCCAAACCGGCUCGCUACACUUUAUGUGAUCAGGCUCCCUCCAGUUGUUCGAAUAAUUGCACAAAGUUUUAUCCAAAUUCUAAAGCCUGUGACUCGAGAGAAGCUGCGAUUUGAAGGGAACACAUACUUGAGAGUCCUGAUGGAGCAAUUUGAAACAGUCCCAUCAUUUCUUGGGGGCCAAUGCUCAUGUCCAAAGUGUGCACUUAUUGAUAAUCAAAUGGGCAGUUUGACUAGGAAUAACAGAGGCCAGACCCGUGGGGCCCAAGGGAGCACGAGCAAUGGUGGGGCUCCCGAGGCUUGCGGAGAAGAUGAAGUGGAGGACCUUGGGUUUUAUCGUGAACCAUACAAUGACAGCUGUGAUCAGAUGCUUAGGACCACUAUAUUGAGCAUCCUCAUGGUGUGGAUCUUCAUUGCUUUCUAUGCGGGUAUGCGUGAUCCUGAAAGUGAUUCCUGGUUGUAGUAAUAGGGUUGUCUUUGUGCUUCUGAUAUCUAUGUUACUUUUUUGUUGCAUUAAUAGCUUGUAGUUAGUAGUAACUCCUAUUUUUUGGGCUGACCAGCAGUUCUCUCUCCUCCCCCCCCCCCCCUUAAACAAAGAAACCAGGUAUAUCUCGUAUUUUUAAAAUGCCUUGCUAUGUGUAAUCACAUUUUUGUAUUAGACUGUGAAAGAUAGUUUAGGUUUUUUUUUUUUUGUUCUUCUGGAGAAAUUUGAGGAAUAUAAUUUUGUAUAUUUUGAAAUAAAUUUGGCUGUAGCUCUUGUUCUU